AUGGCUCAGUUGCACAACCCAGUUCAAAAUGUUGAAGUUCUUAAAGAGUCUGUUGCUGCCAAAGAAGUCCACUUCAAGAACAAUGUCGUAUCUCUAGCUAGCAAUGACGGUCCAAUCAAAUUCCACAAGGUGGUCAAGGGAAGCGUUUGCGUCGAUGUCAAUGAACUAAGAAACCGUGGCGAAGUGUUGGAGAAAGUAAAUGAACUCGGCUUUGCUCCUGGCGGAACUGUGAUCAAAAUGAAUUCUCGCAUCGAGAAAUACGUCUCUGAGUUAAAACGCGAUUAUGAAGCGAGAGGAUUCCACUCAGACCAGAUCAACUUCUGGGAUGCUGAGAACCAAAACACUUUUCAAUUUGAGGCUAAUCCGGUGUCCCGGCGGAUUUGGACCCCCGUAGAUUUGGACCCCCCGGUCCAAAUCCGCUAGCGGAUAUGGACCCCCCCUGUUAAAAUUAGAAAAUAAGAUUGAGUUCGAUGUAAUAGUCUCCACUUUUGUUAAGACGUACACAUUAGUGUUGAUUUGCAUCUGAAAAUAAGCUGAGAGUUCCAAUAGUUCAUAAGAAUAGAAACAUUUUUACUUAUCAUAGGCUUUACGAACGACUUGUAGUAGGAGUAGUUUCUUCGUUCUUGUUCAGAAACUGUUUAAUGUUAUUAUUUUAGAAUAUCAGACUGAGUUAUUUUUGUGACAAGACGCUGAAUAGUCUCCACUAUUUUUAUGACGUUUCGUAUCAAUGUUGAUUCGCAUCAGAAGAAGCAAAGAUUUAUUGUAACAAUUUCAAUAGUUCAAAUGCAGUAGUUUGUUCACAUCUAACUCUUGCAUAUACUGUAUGACUCGCUAUAAUAAAUGCGGUAGAAUUGGAACGAAAUGGCUGGGUUUUUUUUACCUUUAUUGAUAUUGUGUUGUGAUUGAAAAGAACAUCGACAAAAAGCUUGCAAAUAGAAUUAGUUACCAAAUAUGAUACAAAGGAUGCUUAAAAGGAAAGUCUGGUAGGGGGGUCCGAAUCUGCGAAGGGGGGGGGUCCAAAUCCGCGGGGGAUCCAAAUCCGCUGUGACACCGGCACUUGGUUGAUGCUGGUUUCGUCUGGGGCCUGCGUAAAAAGUUAUUCUAUUCUUGCCAUCAAUUUGAAGAUGGAUAUGUGUAUUCUCGGACAAUGCUUAUACACCUCCCAUUUUCAGGGUAUUUACGAGAUCUCUUUUUCGUCCUUGACUAGGGUGCGCGUGAUUUGUCUUGGUGUUUCAUACAUCUCACUGAGCUCAAGUAUCGUUUCAUAUAUAACUGCCAUUCUAUAUGUUGAUCCAAAAGCCACCGAUCCUGCGUUGGAAGGAAAACUUCAACGAAGUAGUUGUCUUUGCUGA